UGGAAAGUGCAAAACAUGUGGGAGAGCGUCAUCACAUGUCAACGACUGUAGAAUAGAAAUUAUUUCACCAGUAUUUGCCCAUUAAAGUACUUAGUAAAGUAGUUUUUAUCGGCCUGGGAAAAAGGUUAUAAUUCAUCUGAUAAAUCUGAAUUGAGAUUAAGUGAACAGGAGGAUCUGAUCAAUAAGCAUGAGCUUGCUGCCUCGCACCGCUGAGGAGUUCAGCUCUGCGGACUACUGGGAGCGCUUUUUCCGUAAAAGAGGAGAGAAGGCUUUCGAAUGGUACGGAGACUACAACUCCCUCUGCGGUGUACUGCAUAAAUACAUUAAACCUCGUGAUAAGGUGUUGGUGGUGGGCUGUGGUAACUCCGAGCUGAGUGAACAGCUCUAUGAUGUUGGCUACCAUCAGUUAACCAACAUUGACAUCAGCGAGACGGUGGUGUCGCACAUGAACCAGCGGAACGCAGAGCGCCGUCCUGACCUGACCUUCCAGCAGCUGGAUGCCACCCAGACAGGCUUUGAGAACGGGAGCUUUCAGGCGGCACUAGAUAAGGGCACGCUCGAUGCCAUGGCUUCAGAAGAGGACGGUGCACUUGCAGGCAGGAUGCUGGCAGAAGUUGGCAGAGUUUUGUCUGUGGGAGGCCGGUAUGUCUGCGUAACUUUAGCCCAGGAGCACGUCAUAAAGCUGGCUGUGGAACAUUUCGCCCAGGGCUGGGCUGUACGAAUUCAUUGUCUUGGCGGACAGCAGAAGGAAGAGUCUGAUUCCUCAUUCGCCCUCCCUGUAUUCGUUCUGGUCUGCACCAAAUUCCGCCAAGCGCCUCCGUUUGCAGUGCUUGAGUUGUGUCAGGGGGAGGAUGGCGCUCCCACUAGACUUGCAUCAGUACCGGAGCUGUUGUCCGCUGUGAAGGAGAGACAGGCCUACAAUCUAAUGCUGCAUAAGCUCAGAGGGGGAACAGAUGCUAGCAGCACACCGUCCCUCACGCUGUGCCAUGCAGCCACCGGCCGACCGCGAUACACUCUGACAGUGCAGGAUAGCCUGCCUUCUGCCAAGCUGCCACGGAGUAAUCACUUCGCCAUCUUUAUCGUUCCUCAGGGCCGUGAGUCUGAUUGGUUAUAUGGCUCGGCUGAAGGUCGGACUCAAUUAGCAUCCAGUGCAAAAUUCAGACGCCUGGUCAUUGUGGCAAUGCAUAGAGAUCAGGAGUAUGAGGACAUGCAGGCUGUCCAAUCAGAGCUCUCUCCAAUGGUGACGGAACUCGCGCCUCCUGGAAUGCCAGCCAAUCAGCAGGUGCCGUUCCUGUCUGUGGGAGGAGAUCUGGGGUGGAGGGAAGUCAUCGGGCGAGGGGUCAGUGCUUUGACUGGGGAGUAUUCUGUGGAGGAUGUGAGAGGAGAGGAUGGUCACCUCUAUCGCAGGCUGAUCUUCAUGAACAAUUCCCAGCUGGUGCAGUCAGAGAGCAGACUCCGGUCUGCCGGCACAGCUGCUUCUGCUCAUAAAAAGAAGAACAAGAAAAAAUCCAAACCAUCUGUUUCUGAUGCCCCUGCUUUAACGCGUGUUAAAGAUCGCAUUGUGGACAGAGGUUUUCUUUGCUGUAUACACCAUGAAGUUAUGGUGGCGGGUUUAGCCAUGUUAGGAAUGGAUGCAAUCAAUAAUAAAGAUCACCCAGUGUCUGUGUUAUUGCUGGGACUGGGUGGCGGUGGUUUACCCCAGUUUGUGCAUGACUUUGUGCCGUGUGCACGGGUGGAGGUGGUUGAACUGGACCCAGCUGUGCUGGAAGUGGCUCAGACCUGGUUUGGAUUUCAGACCGAUGAGAGGCUAAAUGUUACACUGGCAGAUGGACUGGAGCACAUCAAAACACUGGAGAGUGAGGGGGGACAUUCUUUUGAUGUCAUCAUGUUUGACGUUGAUAGCAAAGACACCACCCUGGGCAUGAGCUGCCCUCCACCUGCCUUUGUAGAAACAUCACUUCUGAAGAAAGUUUACAGCUUAUUAACCCCUCGAGGACUGUUCAUGUUGAACCUAGUGUGUCGUGACUCGGCUCUCAGGAAGUCAGUUCUUGAACGUGUUCAAGCUGUGUUCCCGUGUGUGUUCUCUCGUGGAAUCGAGGGCGAAGUCAAUGAGGUGCUGCUGUGCUGCAGAAGUUCAGGAGAGGGACACAAACCUCACACCAUUCCACAAACAUUACAGCAGACAGCAAAAGACCUACAGAAGACACUACGUGCCAACACCCAGACUGCACCAUGUGUGCCUCAAAUAGACAUUACUGCAAUGCUGAAUGACCUGAAAGUCAUCUAAAGAUUGAGAAAAGUUUGGAGCGAAAAUCAAAAAUAAUAAAAUAAACAUCUGGUUGUGCAUCAUUUUCAAGGUUAAGAAAUUAACUUGGCUGUAGUCUUAUGUCACAAGACCUUUGACAAAGUGGCAUACAGCCUGGCCCAUAUUUUAUCUUAUUCCAGAAAAAAACAAAACACAAUGUCUACUUGGAAAGGAAGAGAUUGUCUGACAUAUAUUUCAAGCAACUAUCACAGUUUGUUUAGACAUCGUGUAGCAUUUCAGGGAAAAUUCCAUCUGAAAUAAAUGAAAGCCUUCUUUUCCUGCCCUUUGAAAGAACACAGCAAAAUAAUGUCAAAAGUUUAAGCAUAUAUUGUGUAUAUAUGAAAAUAUAACAAUCUUUAGCAUUGAUGAUCUAUAUCUAAAUGGAAAGAUCCAUCAUCACCAUUGCACUUUAUGGGACAAAUGAUGGCAAUAUAGGGAUUACACUUUAUGUUCAGAUAAAAUUAAGUGUAAGGGUCAGUACACUGAAAAGAAUUUGGAGGUGAAAAAUUUCUCUCAGAAAUUGCUGAUAAAUUUGUACAAAUAAUUACAAAUAAACAACUGCACAUAAU